UGAGAUGGUGGGGAGAAGACAGCUGCGCAUCGCAGUGAAACUAGCUUGUGCUUCCUGUUUGGUUCACAGUUAGUCACCUUAAUCUGGAGAAUUCACACUGACACUUUUCUGACGGCAGAAGCACCAGCAGCCUCGAUGUCAAACCCAGUGAUAACCAACCCGCCGAGUGCUGGUGGCUACGGAACAAAUGUCCAGACAGGACAAUGGAGCACUGGCCUUUGCUCCUGCUGCAGUGACAUGCUGAUCUGUGCUCUUGGCUGCUUCUGUCCAGUCGCGUUGGGCUGCUAUACUGCCGUUAAAUAUGGAGAGAACUGCUGUUUGGGCCUCGUGCCAGGAGGUCUUACGGCUAUGAGGACGCACAUGAGACUCACUUAUGGAAUUGAGGGGACAAUAUGCAACGACGCCUUGAUGACGUUCUGCUGUGGACUGUGUGAAACUUGUCGAAUGGCUCGAGAAAUACGCAUUCAGAACGGAGAGGUUUAGGGAGCACCGACGCAAAAAAGGGGAAAGAAGUUGACCCACUACAUAACUUCGAUUCAUUCGUGACGGUCAUCUAUACAUUUUACUAGAGCUGUCAGCUGAGCUUGACCACUGAAAGCAACGUGUUGCCCACUGACUGUAGCUCAAUGUAAAAACAUUCAUAAAACUGAAUUCAUCUGUAACUCUUGUCUUCUUGCUUUUUUGUUCCAAAAAUAAAAAU